CAUUGCUGUGCAUGCUAACUUAAAAAGUGCAUAAGAGCAGGCAGAGUGGCUCAUGUCUUUGAUCCCAGCACCCAGGAGGUAGGGGCAGCUGUAUCUCUGUGAGUUCAAAGACAGCUUGAUACUGAACUCUGUUUAAGAAGAAAAUCCACAAACAAGAACGCCCUUAUACAAGUGAACACAUAUUUCAGGAAAUAUUGCUUACUAAGAAUGAUGCACCAAAUUUCUUAUUUCAAUAUUCUUAUUCUGCCAUUUAAAAAAAAAAAAAAAGCUAACUGUGAUGUCAUUGUCCACUAAAUGACUAUGACCUGCUUGAUGCUGAGAUUUAUCUGGAUCGUUCGUAAAUCACUGUUACAAAACUAUGAGCUCCUAUAUACUCACUCGUUUCUGUGACUAUUUCUGAGAGCCAAGCCCCCGAUUGUGUAAUUCCUAUACUUAAACUUCUGAUAAAUAUAGCCAGUUAUCCUGGAAAGCUAAAUUCCAAUCCUGAAUCUGCCGUCAUCACGACGUACAAACUUUGGGCAAGUCCCAACAUCUCUUCGGACCUCAGUUUCCCCGUCAGUAACUUAACGAUCUCUACAUUUUGGAGUGGCAACACGGAAAGCAGACGCCCCACCCCCUGACUCAGCGGCGGAUGGACUUCUCACCAAGCCCUUCUCCCCCUUUUCCGCUCCUCCUCGAGCCUCGGAAGAGAGCAGCGGGAGGAGAAGGGAACAGACAGGUCCCGGCAGGAGGGCCUAAGGCUGGGAGGGGCCGUGGCGAGCCGGCCCCCUAGUAGGAAAUGAGCCCAGCCCAAGCCUGCCCCCGCCCAGGUGGGACCCAGAACUUCUGCAGGAUGUUGACGAACUUGCUGUCGCUGCUACUGCUGCUGCUGCCUGGCUGUGCCUUUUGUGACCAGGAAGAUGGCUCCCAAAGCCUGCGUAUGCUCCAGAUCUCCUACUUCCAAGACCCCUAUCGGGUGAGACAUCACGGCAAUGCCUCCCUGGGGAAACUCCUGACGCACACACUGGAAGGCCCGGGCAACAACAUCACCAUCCUCCAGCUGCAACCCUGGCAGGAUCCCGAGAGCUGGAACGUCACAGAGAAGGGCCUGCAGCUCUACCUGAACCAAUUCCAAAACCUGGUGCAUCUGAUCUAUCGCGAGCGAAAGAACAGCGUAGUCUUUCCUCUCACGGUGCGUUGCUCCCUGGGCUGCGAGCUGCCUGCUGAGAGCGCUGAAGCCCGCACCUACUUCGAUGUGGCCGUCAACGGGAGCUCCUUUGUGAGCUUCCAGCCAAAGACUGCCCUGUGGGUGUCCAGCUCCCAGGAGCCCUCCGAAGCAAUCAGCUUCACCCUGAAGCAGCUUAAUGCCUACAAUCGGACCCGAUUUGAACUGCAGGAGUUUCUUCAGGGCACCUGUGUGCAGUACUUGGAGAACCAUAUCACCACACAAAACAUGAAAGGGAGCCAAGCAGGCCGCUCUUACACUUCGCUGGUCCUGGGCAUCCUGGUGGGCAGUUUCAUAAUUGCUGGUGUGGCCGUGGGCAUCUUCCUGUGCACAGGUGGGCGGCGCUGCUAACUACCCUCCAGUCCCCUUGGAGAAAGGGCUGGGCUGAUGGGCGCUGGUAAGGGCAGGUCACAGCUCACUCAUAUGAAGCCAAACAGACCCCCUCUCCCAGAAGGCCACCGUAUAGCAGGAGGUUUAGGGCCACAUUCCCUUUUGCUCCUGCAUCUGCCAACCAGGAGCCUGAGGAAGGGAUGUGAGGAGGGCAUGGAGACAAAGUGUCUGGUUUGUGAAGGACUUGAGGACGUGCGUGCUUUGUUUAACUGGUCUGAGAGGUGGUACUUGCUUAUCUGUGGAAACAGAUGCUAGGUAGACUUGGGGUAUCUGUGACCUCCCUGGAAAGGCAAAUUCACUGGAGGCAUCCCAAACAUCUAACUAAAUAAAGUGAGUUGUCUGUAACCAAAAUAAACAACAUUUAAUGUGUCCAUGUGUGUCCAACUUGGGAAGGGGUACUGGUUUGACAAAACUGGAGAAAUGUCACAAUUGUAAGAGCAAACAAUAUGGGAGAGUAAGUUAAUAAUUAAAUAUUAAAUUUCUUAUUUA